GCGGAGCUUGAGACUCCCUGGAAACUUGCGCCGCGACUUGCCAGUUUCACUCCGGGAACUUUUCUUUGCAGGAGGAGAAGAGAAGGGGUGCAAGCGCCCCGCUUUUGCUCUCUUUCUUCCCCUCCUCCUUCUCCUCUCCAGUUCGCCUUACCCCACUUGGAGCGGGCAGCUGCGGGCUGGCCACCGCGCGCCUUCCCGAGUGCUCGCCGCCGCAGCCGGCUGGCGUGCCAGGCUCCCCGGGAGCCGCUCGCUCCGCGUUCGGGCAGCCGAGGGGAGGGGAGCCCGCGCCUCGAGUCCCCGAGCCGCCGCGGCUUCUCGCCUUUCCCUGCCACCCGCCCCCUGCCCCGGGCCCGCGUAUGAAUCUCCUGGACCCCUUCAUGAAGAUGACCGACGAGCAGGAGAAGGGCCUGUCCGGCGCCCCCAGCCCCACCAUGUCCGAGGACUCGGCGGGCUCGCCCUGCCCUUCGGGCUCCGGCUCGGACACCGAGAACACGCGGCCCCAGGAGAACACGUUCCCCAAGGGCGAGCCGGACCUGAAGAAGGAGAGCGAGGAGGACAAGUUCCCCGUGUGCAUCCGCGAGGCGGUCAGCCAGGUGCUCAAGGGCUACGACUGGACGCUGGUACCCAUGCCGGUGCGCGUCAACGGCUCGAGCAAGAACAAGCCGCACGUCAAGCGGCCCAUGAACGCCUUCAUGGUGUGGGCGCAGGCGGCGCGCAGGAAGCUCGCCGACCAGUACCCGCACCUGCACAACGCCGAGCUCAGCAAGACGCUGGGCAAGCUCUGGAGAAAAGUUACGAGCUGCAGCAGUGGCUGGAAAGCAGGGAGGAGGGAGGAAGGGGUUGUGUGCGAAGAAGCCGAGUGGUCGGGGUCACCUCCCCCUCCCGCCGACCUGACAGCUCAGCCGGUUUCACAGAACCCCCUCUGUUUCUCUCUGCGCCCCCUCCCCGCCCCCAGACUGCUGAACGAGAGCGAGAAGCGGCCCUUCGUGGAGGAGGCGGAGCGGCUGCGCGUGCAGCACAAGAAGGACCACCCGGAUUACAAGUACCAGCCGCGGCGGAGGAAGUCGGUGAAGAACGGUCAGGCGGAGGCCGAGGAGGCCACGGAGCAGACGCACAUCUCCCCCAACGCCAUCUUCAAGGCGCUGCAGGCCGACUCGCCGCACUCCUCCUCCGGCAUGAGCGAGGUGCACUCCCCCGGGGAGCACUCGGGGCAAUCCCAGGGCCCACCGACGCCCCCCACCACCCCCAAAACCGACGUGCAGCCCGGCAAGGCUGACCUGAAGCGCGAGGGGCGCCCCCUGCCAGAGGGGGGCCGACAGCCCCCCAUCGACUUCCGCGACGUGGACAUCGGCGAGCUGAGCAGCGACGUCAUCUCCAACAUCGAGACCUUCGACGUAAACGAAUUCGACCAGUACCUGCCGCCCAAUGGGCACCCGGGGGUGCCGGCCACGCACGGCCAGGUCACCUACACGGGCAGCUACGGCAUCAGCAGCACGGCGGCCACCCCGGCGGGCGCAGGCCACGUGUGGAUGUCCAAGCAGCAGGCGCCGCCGCCGCCGCCCCCGCAGCAGCCCCCGCAGGCCCCUCCGGCCCCACAGGCGCCCCCGCAGCCCGCGCCCCCGCAGCCGCAGCCCGCGCCCCCGCAGCCGCAGCCGGCGCACACGCUGACCACGCUGAGCAGCGAGCCGGGCCAGUCGCAGCGAACGCACAUCAAGACGGAGCAGCUGAGUCCCAGCCACUACAGCGAGCCUCAGCAGCACUCGCCGCAGCAGAUCGCCUACAGCCCCUUCAACCUCCCGCACUACAGCCCCUCCUACCCGCCCAUCACCCGCUCGCAGUACGACUACCCAGACCACCAGAACUCCGGCUCCUACUACAGCCACGCGGCGGGCCAGGGCUCCAGCCUCUACUCCACCUUCACCUACAUGAACCCCGCGCAGCGGCCCAUGUACACGCCCAUCGCCGACACCUCCGGGGUCCCUUCCAUCCCGCAGACCCAUAGCCCGCAGCACUGGGAACAGCCGGUCUACACACAGCUCACCAGACCUUGAGGAGGCCUUGCACCAGGGGGGAUGCUGACCGCGUGAUGAUCCUAAAAAGCACCGAAGAAAGAAAUGACCAACCAGAAUUUCCUUGACAUUUUUUUUCCCUUAGUCCUUAAAGACAUUUAAGCUAAAGGCAACCCGUACCCAGAUUCCAAGACCGAACCAUUAGCUAUCCAAACGCAUUACCACCUUGUUGCAAAUCAGUGGCCAGGCCGCUCGUGGCCAGGCGGACCGGCGGAAUCGAGGAGAAACCGAACUUGAAAACUUUCUUCAAAGCAAGCAAUGGAGGAUAAAUGGAGAAUCAUCGUGUGACCAAUUUGCUCAAUCUUUCUGCCUGUUUGAACUUUGUAAUUAUUUUUUAGCAGUAAUUAAAGAAAAAAGUCCUCUGUGAGGAAUAUUCUCUAUUUUAAAUAUUUUUAGUAUGUACUGUGUAUGAUUCAUUACCGUUUUGAGGGGAUUUAUACAUAUUUUUAGAUAAAGAAAUUAAAUGCUCUUAUUUUUCCAACAGCUAAACUACUUAGUUGAACAGUGUGCCCUAGCUUUUCCUGCAACCAGAGUAUUUUUGUACAGAUGAGCUUUCUCUUACAAAAAAAAAACAAAAAACAAAAAACAAACAAAAAAAAAAGUGUGUGUGUGUUGUUGCAUUAACAUUAAAAAAAAACACGGAUUUGUGUUACGUGAUCAGUUUUGGGGGUUAGCUUUGCUUAAUUCCUCAGGCUUUCUGAUUCAAGAAGGAGCUGCCUUAGAAAGAAAAAUAAAGGCCUUAUUUUGCAAAUAUGGGAGUAAACCAUAGUCUAGAGAAGCAUUUGGUAAGCUUUAUCAUAUAUAUAUUUUUUAAACGAGAAAAUACCUUGAGCCUUAAAACCGUGCUGCUGGAAAAUACUUGUGCUCUCUGUUAGUGCAUUUCCUUCCUUCCGCAUUUGCUUGUUUGUUGCAAUCUUAAGAAAGAAGUGAAAACCAAGCAAAGGAGAUGAAAUCUGUUCUGGGAAUGUUUCAGCAGCCAGUGAGUGCCCCCUCCCUGGUUGCCUGCUCAAGCCCCUUGUGGGACACAGAUGCUGGAGCCUUCUCCCUUACGCUGUCACCUGCGCCUCUCCAAACACCAGCAGUGAACCUUUAAGACAUUCCACGAGCUAAAAUUAUUUAUUUUGUAAGGAGAGGUUUUCGUUAAAAAAAAAAAAAAUCUUUUUCUUUAAAAAUUUUUUUUUUUUUAAAUUUUACCUUCUUUAAAAUAGGUUGUUGGAGCCUUCCUCAAAGGGUAUGGUCAUCUGUUAAAUUAUGUUCUUAACUGUAACCAGUUUUUUUUUAUUUAUCUCUUUAAUCUUUUUUAUUAUUAUUAAAAGUAAGUUUCUUUGGAUUUCUUGUCCUAGAUU